AUGGCAUUUGCAGACCCAUGGAAGAAAAGAGAUGCAUGGAGAACACAGGGUGUUUUCGCCAAGGGCCAGCGUUUUAAGGGUGCCUUUCCGGGCCUAUACCUUGGAUUUGGACUAUUUGUUGCGUACUCUCUCUACGAAGACUACAUUCAACCAAAACCACACCAUUAG